AAGAGAUUGGCUCAUGAAGGGGAUAAAAGCUGUCCACCACCUGAAAUCCACCUCCACCGUCGCCUCACAAUCUCCCAACGCCAUAAUUCUUCCGAGCUUAAGCCCAAGAUUCAUCUUUUUCUUCCCGCACACAGUUUUAUCCCCUUCAUUUUCACGCACUCGCUUAAGAAAGCUCGAUCGAGCGCGACAAGUCCCCGGUAUACUCGUCAUCCGCAUCUCGUUCCCAGAUGGCCACGGGAACUUCCGGCGAGAUAAAGUCGGAUCCUUCGCCGGAGGUGGUCAGGUUGAAGCCGAUUGAGGCAACCCCGGAUAGCUUCCGAGAAUUUGGACAGGUGGUGGAGGCCUCGCCGGACGGCGAUGAGUUUGGGCCCCAGGACGCGCAGCUCGACCUUUCCGGCGGAAUUCCCAGGUUUUACAUCAUGCAUCUAAAGGACAGGUCUCUCAGGUUCAAGACUAUUACUCACCACGCAAAUGUAACCCAAUGCUUAGGUUCUAUAGGCGGCAAAAUUUGGUAUCUUGGGGUAGCAAAACCAUCAAUUGCAGAACCAACUGAAGUUAAAGGAACUCUCAAAGCAAAUCUCGAGCAAUCCCACUGUGGCCAUUUUUAUGCCCCACCAGAAGUUGAUGGGGUUCGUGUGUUCAAGAUUUCGGGUCCCAAGUUUGUGAAGCUGAAUCGGGGUACAUGGCAUGCAGGGCCCUUGUUUGUUGAGAAAGAGAUGGAUUUUUAUAAUUUGGAGCUGAGUAAUACAAAUGUAAGUGACCUCUUAUUUUCUGGCUUAUUGUUGUUCUUCUUUGUGAGUUGCUUGCUUGGUGCAGUUUUAAAGUUUGAUGUAGUGAGAGAGGAAAAGUAGCCGGCUUCUUUGUUUGGAGUAAUUACAAAAACUUCACUUGAAGUUUGUCCGAAAUUACACAAUCCGGGCCAUUAUUACAUUUUGAAAAGCUUUAAGGGUGUGGUUUUAAAUAUUUGAAAAGUUGCACCUAAUAUCACAAUCUUUUUCGAAAUUGCAAUUUAAUC